AUGGGUACCACAACCACUGUAACGACGACUGAGCGUCCACAAUAUCCCAUCGGCGUUCCAGACAAAUUCUCCCCAGAAGGCGUCGUCCAAUAUUAUCCUGGCAACACAACUCUAUGCCACGUUCCUCCCAAGUCGCCAUUGAUACCUCGCCUACAAAAGCUAUACAAUGCUCUCCAAUCCCACCCCAUGAUCUCCAAGCGAAUCCAACUCCUCCCUCCUUCCUCAUGGCACAUGACCGUCCUAGACGGCGUCCGCGAGAAGGAGUGCGAACCUGGAAUGUGGCCCGCGGGGAAGGAAAAAGCGCCCCUCGCCGACUGCACGAAAGAGUUCGCAGAAGAAGUCCAGAAGCUGGGCCGAGAGCUCGAAAAGGACGGUCUGGCGCCUCCGUAUCGCAUGCGUGCUGUCGGUUUCGGCGACACGCUGGUCGGCAUCGGUCUCAGAGUUGAGGGCGCGACUGCGGAAGAAGAGAAGCGCAUGAGGAGGUUGAGAGAUCGGCUUGCGGAUGCGGUUGGGUUCAAGGCGCCGAAUCACGACGUUUAUGAGUUCCAUCUCUCGGUUGCGUAUUUGCUUAGACAUAUCGAUGGAGAGGAUAGGGAGGAGAUGAAUAGGUUUCUCGCGGAGCAGCUGAAGAUCUUUGAUGAGGUGUUUGAGCUUGGAGCAGUGGAGUUUUGCACUUUUGACGACAUGUAUCUGUUUACGAGAUUGUUUUACUUAGGGGCAUGAGAUGACCAGGACUUGCUGUUAGAGCCUG